AUGGCGGGCCCGCUGUUCUACGCGUACAUCGCGCUCUGGGACGCCUACCUCACGCUCGCGAACCUGCUCACCCCGCAGCGCAAGCCCGGCGCCGUCGUCCCCGCGGGCCACCCCGGCGCGCGCGGCGUCUGGCCGGAAUAUGUGCCGCCGAAGGAGGGCGACAGCCGCUGCUGCUGCCCCGCGCUCAACGCGAUGGCCAACCACGGCAUCCUCCCACAUGAUGGACGCCGCAUCUCGUUCGCGGAGAUGGGCGCGAAGAUCGCGGCGGCGUACAACUUCGGGGGCACCUUCUGCCGCUUCGUCCCGCAGUACGCGGCCGACAUGCUCCACAAGGACUUCCACAAGGACACGUUCGACCUCGCCGAGCUGAACCUGCACAACGGCAUCGAGCACGACGCCUCGCUCACCCGGCGCGACGCGCACUUCGACGCCGCGCAGGACGCGCCGCACCUGCCCUACGUCGACGCGCUGCUGUCCGCCGCGUCCGGCCCGGGCGGCGCGCUCACCCUCGAGGACCUCGCGCGCGUCAGCGCCGGGCGCAGGACCGAGUCGCGCCGGGACAACCCCGCGUUCUCGCUCGCGAAGGUGCACAAGGGGUUCUCGGGCGCCAACUCGACGACGCUGCUGAGCAUCUUCGGCGGGCGCGUCGCGGACCUGGCGGCGAUGCUGAAGGAGGAGCGCAUCCCGCCCGGGUGGGAGCCCGCCGUGCGCGCGCGCAAGGGGCUCACGUUCAUCACGUUCAACCGCACCGUCGCGCGGCUCGAGAAGGCGACGGGGCGCUUCGAGCAGGAGCUCGCGCUCGCCAGUGCGGCGGGGGCCGGCGGGGUCGGCGCGGCGGGCAACGGGAGUAGGGAGGGGCUGGUGGACUGA